AUGGAAAAGCGUAUAGGAACGUUAGAAGCUGUAAUUUCUGAAGUACAAAACACCGUUUGCGAUCGAGACAAGGGAAAUAUUAUCAGGUCGCAGUUUGAGUUCGAAAAAAUAUCCAGUGAAGAUGACCUAGCUGUAUUUGAGGAAAGGAUGUCAACGGAUGCUGAAUAUUAUGAAAAAGUUGCGGAUUGGCUUGAUACGGUCGUUAUAGAACAGGAUCCGUUCAAUAGAAUGCACCUGGUUGAUUUCUACGACAAAUGGCCGCAGAGCAGCAGCAGCAGCAGCAGCAGCAGCAGCAGCAGCAGCAGCAGCAGCAGCAGCAGCAAU